CUGUUUUUGACCCCUUCCUUACACCUCAGAAGCAGAGAAUCAAUUAGCGACAUCGGAUUCCCAGCGACACAAAUGCCUAGCCGUUCACGUGAACAGUGAAGUGUUCUCUCUGUGUAUGUGUGUCUGUGUGUGUUAUUUGUGGCAAAGCGCAGAAAUAGAUUGCUGGCGAACGCACACAAAGAGCUUCCUCCUCUCGAUGAAACAAAACCCUAAAUUAGCCCGUGGAGGGGUGGACGAGGACCGCCAGAGGCAGUCGAUGUGGUUUCCGCGAUCUGCAUAGAAGGAAGUGUUAAAAAAAACCUUCCACAAGAUCUCAGAGCGCAAUGUGAAGCGAGCGGCGAGAGCUCGGUCGAGCAGACGUUCUGAUAACGAGAGCUGCUGCACUGACACUAUGCAUCAGAAGACGCAGGACCGGUUGACCCCUCAAGGGCUGCGGUACGGAGACCUGCGGCACUUUGUCAACGAGGAUGGAAAUUACCUGUACUGUCGAUACUGGGAACCUACAACUCCCCCCAGGGCUCUGGUGAUGAUACUACACGGCGCUGGAGAACAUAGUGGGGCGUACAGCAAUGUUGCCACAAUGCUCGUCAACCAGUCCCUCUUUGUCUUUUCCCAUGAUCACAUUGGCCACGGGCAGAGUGAAGGCCAGCGCCUGAGUGUGCCUAACUUCAGUGUAUAUGUCCGUGACUGCCUACAGCACAUCAACAUGAUGAAAUACCGUUUCCCAGAUCUGAAGAUCUUCCUGUUGGCACACUCCAUGCGGGAAGAAGGUACAGGAGCCUCAAGACUCACACCACCAGGUUCAGGAACCAUCCUCAACCAUCAGGCUCUUGAACCAGAGGGGAUAACUUCACUCGACUUCACUUGCCCCAUCACUGAAAUGUUAACACAACCAUUGGACUCACUUUCAAGGACUCUUCAUUUCAUGUUCUUGGGAGGAUUGAUUGCUAUCUAUGCCAUGCACGACAGACCAGAAGACAUCGCCGGGGCGAUCUUCAUUUCACCUUUGGUUACCCUGAAUCCUGAGUCAGCACGACCCUGGAAGGUGUUCUGUACCAAACUGCUGUGUCACCUGAUGCCAAAUAUGUCCCUGGGAGUCAUGAAUCCACAGUGGCUAUCCAGAGAUGAAAAGGAGAUUCAAAACUUUAAUGAAGACCCUCUCUGUUAUCACGGAGGCAUGAAGGUGGGAUUUGCUGCUGUACUGUUAAAUGCACUAACCGGUCUGGAGAACAUACUGCCUACCAUCACGGCGCCAGUGCUGAUCUUACACGGCGAUGCGGACAAAAUGUGCGACAUUAAGGGCUCACACGUCAUGUUCGAGACGGUAACCAGCACUGACAAAACACUGAAGGUUUUUGAGGAGAGCUUCCACCAGCUUCACAAGGAGCUUCCAGAGGUCGUGAAGGAAGUGUUUUCAUUAAUACAAACGUGGUUGAAUGACAGGCUGCCUCCGGUGAAUAUAUGAGUCCAAUCUGAAAAUAAGAAUGUUUAUCAUGGAAUCUGUUUAAUUUAUAUUGGGGAUGAAUGUUUG